AAAUAUUCCUGUCUGUACGAGCAACUGUACAACACAGACAUCUGCGCAAUGGUUUAAUAAGCUGGAGAAGUGGAGAGGAUAAUGGUACAAGGAAGAACCGGUCCAACAAUGAGGGAAGCUGGCAGAAGAGACGUUAUGAAGUCCCAUGAGAGGAUGUCCAGAUCGGGGGGCAGGGGCAUUGAACGCAAACGUUGCGAUUCGUUUAUCAACAGCCUCUUUGAAGAAGCAGAAGAUGGUGGCGGACUAAAUGCCUCUCCAGAAGAUGUUGAGAGUCAUGUAGAUGUUGUUAUCAAAAUGUGGAAAAACGGCUUCACUAUCAAUGAUGGCCAACUCAGGGACUACGGAGAUUCUGCAAAUCGCCAGUUCAUGGAUGCUAUGCGGAAAGGGGAGUUGCCCACUGAGCUGCAGAGAACAUUUGAGAAAGAAGAGUUAGCUGUAAAUGUUGAGGACAGGAAAACUGAAGACUACUCUUUAUGGAAGCUGCAAGUUAAUCCAUUCUCUGGUCUGGGUCACAGACUUGGAAGUGCCACUCCCAAGAUCAUCACCAAAGAGUUUAAUGGCUUGGAAAAUGGGGAUAUUCUGCCAUCUGUCGAAGUGAAUGAAUUGGAGCCUUUGACCAGCCUAAAGAUUUGGUUGGCAGAUGGAAAGCAGAUUGUGCAGAGGUUCAACACAUCUCAUAGGAUCAGUGAUGUACGGGAUUUUCUCGAGAGACUUCCCCGUAAGCCCGGGAACGCGGCUUUCACGCUGGCAACCUCCUUCCCUUUACGUGAGCUGUUGGAUGAGGCCAUGACUCUCCAGGAGGCAUGCCUGCACAACAGCGUUCUGGUGCAGAAACUACAAAAUAACACAGAGCCUUUCAGAGACUCCUAGCUUUCUGCAAAAUGCUGAACUUGAAACCAUGUAGCAGACGGCGAUUUGAGCCUUGGAGUUCCAGUAUAUGUUGCGCUUAUUUAAUUUUGUCAAUAUGAAAAAGCACUGUGAAUGGACUUGUAGUAUCCCAUUAGAUUAGUAGCACGCCUUCUUUGUGUUUUUGGAGGCAUGUGUGAAGGGAUUGAAACUUGCAAUACUGCCUUAGAUAAACUCCGAGAGCUCUGGUGAGUGCAGUGGGGUGCAUUCCUAAGACAUUGUAACAGCCAAUUAAAUUGCCUCUUGGAGAUUUUGCUCAGGACCCCCUUUUCUUUUCUAAAUGAUGUUUUUUUUUGAAAGCCCCCUUUUCAAGCCUUUCUGACUAUUGCUAUUUGCAGUGAUGUCUGGGUAUUUUAUGGCACUGACUACUUAGUUCUGUAGUUUUUUACAUUUUUUUCCACUUGUUUUACUAGUGGGAAGAAAAUAAGAAAGAGGUUCCUUUAAAUCUCCCUGUAUCUUGUCUUUCAUCUACUCCUCCCACUCCCUAAAAAAGGAACA